AAAGGGGCCCCAGUCAUUAACAUCCAGCCCUUCGUAAAUGGGACUCAGGCUUCCUUUCUAACUUAUUCCUCUCCAGCUCUGAACUUGCUCAACAACAGCACAGUACGGUACCUCGGUGGUUCUCUGAGCACCCGAGUCAUUCCCAUUAUUUACACGUUGGUGGUUACAGUUGGGAUUCCAGCCAACGUCAGUAUCUUGUGUUUGCUAGUGACUAAAAUCCGAAAGGUGUCUUCUGCCAUCCUCUACUGCAGCCUGGCUGUCUCCGACCUCUUCCUCCUCCUCUCCCUCUUCUUUAAGGCUCACUACCAUUUCCAUGGAAACCACUGGGUUCUCGGAGAGACUGCUUGUCGAGUUGUUACGGCAUGUUUCUACGGCAAUCUCUACUGCUCGGCUACGGCGCUGGCUUGCAUCAGCAUCGAACGCCACCUUGCUGUGGUGUACCCGUUCCUGUACAAAAGUAUGCCCAAGAGAAUGUGCGCUGCCUGGGUGAGCCUGGCUCUGUGGGGGGUGUUUGGUGUCGCCAUCAUCCCAGAGCUCAUCGUCCAGCAGAGCUACUGGCUCCCUCACCUCAACCGCACAACCUGCCAUGAUGUGUUGCCCCUGGAUCACAGCUCUCACAUGUUUCUGCUCUACUAUCACCUGAUUCUUAUCAUCUUUUUUCUUGUGGUGCCUCUGGUUGUUAUAGCUGUGUGUUUUGCCCGAAUCAUCAACAAGCUCACAAGGUCACAUUUUGACUGGGUGACGUACAUCAAAGCAAGCACACUGGUGUUUAGUAUCUUCCUGGUGUGCUUUGUCCCCCCUGGAGUCCUACACUUUGUCCAUUAUGUUCAACUGUUUGUGGAUGGAACAGAAACUUUGUAUGUGUACUUUAAUGUGGCAGUGUGUUUGUGCUGUGUCCAUGCCUGUCUGGAUCCCUUCCUUUUCCUUUUCAUGUCCAAGGCUGCACAGUCUAGGUUUCAUUUUAAAACUUUCAAGAGAAAGACACUGAGCAGUGUCUUGUUAACACGUAACACGUAG